AUGUGGGCAACACAAUUUAAUAUAUCUCAUAAUGCAUUGGAUGGAUUAUUGAUAAUUUUGAAAAAAGUCCCAACACUAUCAUCACUUUCAAAAGAUUCUCGUACUAUAUUAGAAACAAAAAAAACUAAUGUGACACAUACUUUAACAACCAUAAGUCUUGGUUUAUACUACCAUUUUGGGUUAAGUUCUUCUAUUCAAGAUCAUUUUAAAUUUAAUUCAACUAAAGAUAUUGAUGUGAUAAAAAUAGUGAUUGGAAUUGAUGGAUUACCAAUCUCUAAAAGUAGUUCUAGUCAGCUAUGGCCAAUUUUAGCAUAUACAAGGCCAUUUAAAAAUUCCGUUUUCCCAAUUGAUAUUUACUGGGGCCACGAAAAGCCUACAAAUUCUAAUUUAUACUUAGAACAAUUUGUUAUGGAUUUACAAAAUGGUAUUAAUGUAAAUGGAGUAAUCUUAAAAGUAAUCAUAGAUGGAUUUUCUUUAGAUGCACCUGUCAAAGCAUUUGUGCUAAAAACUAAAGGUCAUUCUGGUUAUGACUCUUGUUCACGAUGUUUAGAAUAA